UCGACUGUUUUUGUGAAACUGAUACGUUUUCAUCACUGUCGAGUGAUUUUGUUUUCAGUUUUGAAAAAAUUUGUGCCGAGCUAAACAUGCGAAGUACCUAUUUUGUUUUGGUGAUUUUAAAGCAAAAUAUUAUUCAGUGCUGGUAGUUCGUUCGAUGCUUAUAAUAUGUUGAAAAAUUAUUCCAAUAUCGUAAAAUUAAUCACAGUCGAACCAGCGUACUUUUUGUACUGGACAGUUUACGUAAUCAUCGACGCCACCAAUACCAACCUACUACUGCAGAAAAAAUGCCGCCUCAGCACCAUCUCCGAACCAGACUUAAACACCCCUUGUGACAAUGAAAAACAAGGAGUGGUUUACGCCACCGAAAUAAACUCAUUUUAUCGCUUCAUAAUGUUGUUCUUUUGCCUAACGUGUUCGAUAUUCGCUGCAUCCUGGAGCGAUCUCGCCGGAAGACGCAGAAGACCUUUAAUCUUUCUACCAAUAGUGGGCCAAAUUUUUCAAUCGCUGUUUGGUUGUUUACACUCUUAUUUUUGGCAUUGGAUUCCAUGGACGGCCAUGUUAUCAAACGUCGUAAUGGAAAUGUUAACUGGAGGUAUUUCCAUGAUUAUUUUCGGAGUACAAAUGUACAUUUGCGAUGUAUCGUCGAUGGAAAGUCGUACAAUGAGACUUGGAUUCCUUUCGGCGACUCGAACGCUGGCUGAUUUGUUGGGAUACGGUGGAAGUGGAUUUAUUCUACACUGUGUCGGAUUUUUCUACACGUAUUUGAUGUGUUUUAUUCUAUCUGUUGCUUCGUUGAUCUUGGCGUUGGUUUUUGUUAAAGAUAUUUCGGUGCAAGUUGAUGGGAAAUUACAAUUUACGAGUGUAUUUAAUGUUAUGAAGAUUGUGGACAGUUUUGAAGCUGUUUUCAAGAAAAGCCUGGGUCAUAAAAGGCUCGUUGUUUUGGUGUUGCUGAUCAUCUAUACUUUGGUAUUUUUCACCACACAAGGAGAAAAUGGCAUUUUAUACUUAUUUUUGAGGUAUAAAUUCCAUUGGGAUGAACGUGAAUACAGCUCGUAUGUACUUUAUCGAUACAUCGGUGUUAUUAUAGGAAGUAUGUUUUGUUCUAUUGUGCUCAGUAGACUUCUAAAAGUACACGAUGGGAUGAUUGGUAUACUUGCUGGAAUAUGUAAUACAGUUGCAGUUUUUGGAUACUUGUUUGCUGAUCAGAAUUGGCAUCUGUAUGUUGUUCCAUUAUUUCACAUUUUUCAUGGGGCUGCCCUAUCAGUAAGCUUGUCAUUUCUCAGUAAAUAUUACGAAAGUGAUGAACUUGGUCGUUUGAAUUCGGUUCUUGGAAUUUUUGGGCUGAUAAUCCCAGCUUGUCAUCCAAUUUAUAAUGGAAUUUUUCAAUACACGAUAGAUGUAUAUCCAUCGGCUUUCUUCUUGCUGAGCGUUUGUCUGAAUGUAGUCAUUACAUUGUUGUAUUGUGCAUCUUAUUAUCUCAGUCGAAAAUCAGAGACGAAAAUGAAAAAUGGCCAUCAAACAGGAAAAACAAAUGAUUAAUCAGAUAAAACAGACACUUACCUGCUUAUUUAAUUUAAUUAUUUAGAAUUGUGAAUUACAUAUUACAAGUAAAAUAAAAUACCUACGUAACUAAAAGUUGAUUAUAUAAACGAAUCAAGACCAAGUAACCAACUUUACAAACAAUUAAAAAUGACCAAAAAAUAGCAUUAGAAUUUCAAUCGAUAAUUAAGUACCUAUUUGAACGUUUACACCUAGGUAAUUGAAAAUUAGUCGAUGUAUAUAAGCAUAACAUGAAGUUUUUUCUCAGCCACUCGUCAAGUGAUAAGAAAACACUUUAUCUAAUAAAACUCUACUGUUAUAUGUAUGUACUACUGUUACAUCAAGCCAAACACAUAGAAUAUCUGGUCCGUCUAAACUAAUUUAUUAGAUAUAUUUACGAUGAAUUAACUCAGGUUUAGAUACCAAAUAUUAGUACAUAGGUCUAGCUGU